UCUGCCCCUCCUCGCGGCUCUUUCUCUCCCCAGCACCUUGGAGCCCCUCGACCCGGCGGCGGCGGGGACCUGAGCGGCGGCGGACGGCCUCGAAGAUGAAGUGCAAGCCGAACCAGACGCGGACCUACGACCCGGAGGGGUUCAAGAAGCGGGCGGCGUGCCUGUGCUUCCGGAGCGAGCGCGAGGACGAGGUGCUGUUAGUGAGUAGCAGUCGGUACCCGGACCGCUGGAUCGUGCCGGGCGGGGGCAUGGAGCCCGAGGAGGAGCCGGGCGGUGCGGCCGUCCGCGAGGUGUUUGAAGAGGCGGGAGUCAAGGGGAAGUUAGGCCGGCUCCUGGGCAUUUUCGAGCAGAACCAAGAUCGCAAGCACAGAACGUACGUGUAUGUACUGACUGUCACUGAGAUUCUGGAGGACUGGGAAGAUUCGGUUAACAUUGGGAGGAAGCGAGAGUGGUUCAAAGUCGAAGAUGCGAUCAAGGUUCUCCAGUGCCACAAGCCCGUGCAUGCCGAAUAUCUGCAAAAACUAAAGCUGGGCGGUUCCCCAACCAAUGGAAACUCCGUGGCCCUGCCUGCCGGAGGGCGAUCCCUAGUGAAUGGCAUAGAUGUUCAGAUUUACUUUGAAAGAAUCAAGUAUAUGAACCCAGUGAUGAAUGGAAUUAUGAAGACAGGUGAGCUCUUUCACACUCCCAAGGACACAGCCCAUCCUAUCCUUUUGGACACUUCCUCCCUGUUUAUUGCAAUGACUAUUCUCCAGGUUGUUGCACUACUUUUGUAUCUGUACAGACUUCUAAUUUGUCACCUAUGGCCUUCUUUGUGCUCUUACGAUUAUGUGUCUGUAUUUCCCACCAGGUUAUGUGACCUUAAGUGCAAAGACCUUAUUUCCUUCAUCUUUUUAUAAAUCUAGCAUAUAAGAAAUUACUUGAAAUAUGGUAGACAUCACUGAAAAUUUGUCUAAAAAUUAAUAUUUUGUAAUGACACUGAGUGGUAAGGCAUUUACCUUCUAAUCUGGUGUUAGUACAGUAAAUGCUGUCUAUUUAAGUGAUAUGUGACUUUUGUAUAUCAGGUUUGAAACAGGUGUUUAAAGGCAUCUGUGAGAUAUUAGCAAAAAUUCUUCUUUGUAUGCCUGUGUCAUCCCAGACUUUAUGUGCCUGCUAUGGCAGUAUGCUACACCACCUAUGAAAUAUUUGCCAAAAUUUUGAACCUAAAUCUGACUGUGCCUCUAGACAUAACUCCUUAUCUGUAGAAAAUACAGGGAACAGAGAAACAUUACAUCACAGAGAUAUGAGCAGAAUCAAGACUGCAGGAAACUCUACAGGACAAAUGACAUAGUACCUUUAGUAAAUGAAUGGCCAGAAUGAAAGAAAUGAAGAAUGGACAUGCUGAUUAAAAGAGAUUUAAGGGACUUAACAACCAAUUGUAAUAUAUGGAUCUUUUUUGGAUUCUGAUUUGACUAGACUAUAAAAUAAAAAUAUUUUGAGACAAUCUGGAUAAUUUGAAAAUUGGGCAACUUGAUAUUUUAUAUUAGUUGGAAUAAUAGUAUUGCUGUUAUAAUAUAUUCCCAACUAUUUACAGUUGAAAUAAUGUCUGGAAUUUGCUUCAAAAUAAUGUCUGUAUUUAAGUGUGUUGGAGGUACUGAUGAAACAAGAUUGGCCUCGACCAGAUAAUUGUUAAAGUUGGGUAAUGGUUAAAUGAUGAUUCAUUAUAUUAAAUAUAUGUUCCUCUCUACUUUUGUAUAUUUGACAUUUUCCAAAAUAAAAAGUUAUCAGAA